GGGAUUGUUUUAAACCCUUAUCCAAUCUUGAAGUAAUGUCGUUUUACAACUAUUAGUGACAGUCGAAUCAUCGACUCAUUCGGUGAUGGACUCUUUUAUGCCUUAUUGCCGCACCUUCAACAUAUGCUCCCCUUUAGUCAAUCGUCAGGAAGCCAAUUAUCAAGUUUUGCACGCAUUUUCUGAUUCAUAUGAUACGAGUGAUCCUAGAGACAGUAGGAAUCUCCGUCCCGUCGUUUGCUUCUCUGGCCAUAUGUAUGGCUCGGGGAAGACAACCCUGGGUAAAAGAUUCCAAGACUUCCUUAUGCAAAAUAAGGAAUAUAUUUCUAUCAAGUGUAAGGGCCUACUUUUUCCUGGCUGUUGUACUUCAGACGAAGGGUUGAAUGCAGUAUAUAAUGAUUCCUUGUAUGUUUAUGUAAACCUUUCUGAUCUUCCUCGAACUGGAGAGGACUUUGAUUGUGCUUUGCAUGAAUUUAUCUGCAAAACUGCUCUUUCGGAGUUUCUAAAUUCUGGAGAGUUACUGUCUAAAGUGCUUCCUCUCGUUCCUAGGGGCCCUUUUGAGUGGCUUAGUAAGUAAGCUGUUGCAAGUCACCAACAAAAUGUAUCUAUUUUUAUUUAUCGAUGAGAUUGGUUAUUUGAGUGAGCCAAGGCUUUUCCAAUAUAGUGAUUUAAAUAGUCCCGUGAAAAUGAAAUUACUUGUACAGUUUAUCGCACAUUCUUUUGAUAUCUAAGGACUUUGGUUUAACAGCGACAUGUAUGCUGUGUUGUCGAAGGAAGAUGUGACGCAGUUAUGGGUAAACAAGAAGAUGCUAUGCCAUCACGAAUUUUAUUAAGAUUUCUGAAACUGGAUCCGUUUCCACUUGACUCGGUCCGUUAUAUAAUAAGCACUCUACGUAUAAGGGGACCCUAUUAAAGAAUUCGUAUUUCCAAGUAAUCAACAAGACAUGAAAUGCCUUGAUAGUAUAAUUUAUGACUAUACUGGUGGAGUACCUCUAUAUAUAUUUUAUAUCUUAUCCAGUUGGUUAAAGGUGUGAAUCUAAUCCGCAACGGAGAGAUUUAUCAGAAGAAGGUAGAAAGUAUUUCCACAAUUGAAAGUCUUUUCGGAAGAAUUGGUCCUAAAGGAUAUGCUGUGUUCUCUACGCUGCUUCUCGCCAGUAUUCUAAAAAUUCCUUUUCAUUGGGGCGAAUCGUAUUUUGAUGAUUUGAACCUUGGCGAAUACUCUGAAUACGCUCUGGAUGUUUCUAGCCAUUUUAGUUUUUAUUAU